GAGAACUGCCGGGAACUGUCAGACAUUACCUUCUUCCUCAAUAGAUUCAUAUCAGCCCAAAUAACAAGUCCGGCUUUCGAGGGGUCAAGAGGCGACUGAACUGUUCCUUUUGUGUGGGGUGGAAGAAAAGCCCAGGAUGCUCAUCAACGCCGACACCGCAAUUUCUACUUCUUCGGUACUACUGGUACCAUACUCGGAAUGCCAUGUGCCCAAGUAUCAUGAAUGGAUGAAGGACCCAGAAAUCCAAGAAGCCACUGCUUCCGAGCCACUGACUCUAGAGGAAGAAUACUCCAUGCAGCAAAGUUGGCGUAACGAUGCAGAUAAGCUUACUUUCAUCGUAUGCUCGCCUCUAUCGGAAUCAAGUAGAAAUGAGCAUGAGCAAGCGCGCGGGGCAUCACAUCUUACUGAGCAAGAUGAUGCUCCGGGAAAAAUGGUUGGAGAUAUCAACUUAUUCUUACGAGUUGAUGAUGGCGAGGAAGGGGAGUCGGAACCUCAGAUCAUUGGUGAAAUCGAAUUGAUGAUUGCUGAGAAGGAAAACCAGAGGAAAGGAUUCGGUCGUGCCAGUCUAUUAACUUUCAUGAAAUAUAUUGUUGACCAUGAAGCGGAGAUUCUGGAGGAGUUUCUCGCCAGUGAGCCGGACUCGCUGGCGAAGAUCAAGAAGCCAUGGAAGUUCGUCUGUCUCAGUGUGAAGAUCGGGCAGACAAAUGCUCGAAGUCUGGCUCUAUUUGAGAGUCUUCUCUUCCAGAAAGUGACAGCGGAACCAAACUACUUUGGGGAGUUUGAACUGAGACGAACGGCAUUGGAUCAGGGUAGUAUCGAUGGCUCGCUUGCGAAAUACGGAAUCAGCGGGUUUACUGAAGUACGAUAUAGAUCACAAUAAUAGAGCAGCUUAUCGAAUGCAACGUGCAUGAGGCGUGAACUAUUUGUUGUGAGAGGUAGACUUGCAGAUUCAUUCGUGAUCAGCUCCCGGACUGUUGACACAGCGGCUAGGCGUGGUAUGCGUUUGCUACUCGAAUCUCGACUCAGUGGAGCUCUACAGGAAGUUCAACAUUACCAUGCCCACAGCAUAGGCAAUAGUUAAUCCCUAUCGAGAUGGGAAAUUGAGAGGCAGAUGUUCCAGUAGUACUGAAGAAGUCGAACCCAGUAUGAGUGUUUCAGCUGUUUUUCAUUGAUAUAUGGGAAUCCCUGAACGCCCCGACAAAGCAAUUCUAGGGCAUUAUUCAUUUAGCAGAAUAAGCUUGCAGGUCAUCCGCUGUUGAAGGAGUGGAAAAUUUCCCUGAAAACCCCACA